AUGGUCCACUACAAGCUCACCUACUUUGCGUUUAAUGGAUUGGGCGAAAAUUGUCGUCAGCUAUUUGCCCUCGCCAAUGUCGAUUUCGAAGACGACCGCGUAGAAGUUGAAGACUGGCCAAAAGUGAAGCCCACCACGCCUUUUGGCCAGAUGCCAAUUCUGGAAGUAGAGGGCAAGCGCAUCCCCCAAUCCAAGGCCAUCGCCCGAUACCUGGCCCGGAAAUUUGGCUUUGCCGGCCAAACCGAAUUGGAACAAGCGGAAGUGGAUGCUUGGGGCGACCAGAUCAGCGACUACAUCAUGGAGACGAUCUUUUAUUUCCGCUACAAAACCGGAUUCGCUUCCGGGGAUCCGGAAGCUGAAUUCAAAAACGUCGUGAUCCCAGCUAGGGAGCGAUUUUUCCCAAUUGUUGUCAAGCAGUUGAAGGAGAAUGGGAGUGGAUACUUGAUCGGAAACAAAGUCACUUGGGCCGAUCUAUACCUUAACAAUCAUGUGGAGACUUUUAUGAACUUUGACGCUGGAUACCUUGAUAAAUACCCGGAGAUCCUGGCCCAUUUGAAGAAAGUUCGCGACAUUCCAGCGUUGAAGAAAUGGAUCGAGAAACGCCCAAAACACAAAUAU